UGCCGGAAACAAGAAGAAGAAGAAGAAGAAGAACAUCCCUUCCGGGUCAGAUCCAAGGAAACUAAAUUUAGAGGUUCCUUGGUCAAGUUGUUUUUUAUUAUAAAUGAAUGGGUCAAGUCUAAUCCGAGCAGCGGUCUAACUAAACAUUUUAUUUGUUAAGAACGCGUUUUUGAUUAAAGAGGACUUGUGAUAAUCAACGCAAAGACACAACAUGGCGACCACUAUUAGCACUCAGCGGGGACAGGUGUAUAUUGGGGAGCUUCCCCAGGACUUCCUGAGGAUCACUCCAACUCAGCAGCAGCAGCAGGUCCAGCUGGACGCCCAGGCAGCCAGGCAGCUGCAGUUUGGAGGCUCAAUAGGCACCGUAGGGCGACUCAGCAUUACUGUUGUCCAGGCCAAGCUGGCUAAAAACUAUGGUAUGACUCGAAUGGAUCCGUACUGUAGGGUCCGACUGGGCUACGCAGUUUACGAAACACCAACUGCUCACAAUGGAGCCAAGAACCCGCGCUGGAACAAGGUGAUCCAGUGCACAGUGCCUCCUGGGGUGGACUCCUUCUACCUGGAGAUCUUUGACGAGAGAGCGUUCUCCAUGGACGACAGGAUAGCAUGGACUCAUGUCACCAUCCCUGAAGGCCUGAGGGAGGGCAGUGUGGUGGAUGAGUGGUUCAGCCUAAGUGGCAGGCAGGGCGACGACAAGGAGGGCAUGAUCAACCUGGUGAUGUCUUUUGCUUCCUUACCAGCAGGGAUGAUGACUCAGCCUGUGGUCCUAAUGCCCUCUGUGUAUCAGCAAGGAGUAGGAUAUGUGCCCAUUGCAGGAGUGCCUGCAGUCUACAACCAGGGCAUGGUCCCCAUGGCAAUGCCAGCAGCCGUGCCAGCUGUUGGGGGCCAGGGGCCAGUGUGCAGUGAGGAGGACCUGAAGGCUCUGCAGGACAUGUUCCCCAACCUGGAUAAAGAGGUGGUUCGCACUGUGCUGGACGCACAGCAAGGCAACAAAGACGCUGCUAUCAACUCUCUGCUGCAGAUGGCUGAAGAGCUCUAACUCCAGAACACAAGCUUACAGCGGGGACACACACACACACACACUGCAGCCAUACCUGAGCUCCCAGGCUCCCUGGUAGCCACAUAUAUCUGUUUCCUCUCCCUUUAUUGAAUCCUGGUUGGCAGAUGUAUUUGGUAAAAUCAUGUCAGACUGAUUUAGGUUUGUAUCACUGUCUGUAUUCCCAGGGUUUGAUUUGCACUGUUUGAGUUAUAGUGAGUCAAGUUCAGAGUCCAUCUUCUGUUUAUGUUAAUACUGUUGUUACUAGUAUGUGUACUUCUGCUGUUUCAUAUGUAGCUGGAAAAAGGAAAAUGCAUUCAGAAUCUGAUAAAUUAUUAUGGCUAUAUUAAAUUAUAUAGAAUUGUAUAUGGUGAUGGGAGAAUUGUGAAUUAACAAAUGACCUGAGGGAUUGAGGUGAGAACUGCCACGUCACACCACACUGAGUGAACUGAUUCAUGAAACCCAUUUUUAAUCACUGUAGUAAGAAUGUCCAGGUUGUUUUAAAGUAAUAUCCUGUGGAGUAUUUUUUGCAGAGAGAUGCUUGAGAAUGAAGAUGUCCCUGUUAUGAUAAAAUCUGGAUGUUUUGAAGUUUGGCAUGAUGUUGUCUGUAGAGCUUUUGAGACCAAAACACUUUUAUCCAAGUUGUCUACACACUUAGUGAAGACCUAAACAAAGUAAUUCAGUCCACUUUUAAUGAGCUUAAUAUCCACAUAUGUAUUUAUACAUAAUUUCUGCCCCCUGAGCAGUGAGGCCUAAGACAGUGAUCUGAUUUCCAUAUAAUGUGCUCUGGAUGUUCAUGGUCCCCAGAAGCUGACUCAUAAUGUUUUUGUUUCCUUAACUUUACUAUAGUGCCACCUUGAAGUAAAAGCUUGUGCAUGAGGAAAAUAAACUGAUUUGUGGAGCUCUUUCAUGCUUCAUAGUUUGACUGCAGCUUCUAACACAGCAAGCAGAGCUUUACAUGUUUAGUCUUCUUGUUUUUCAGCCACAGUGUUUGUAUGUGUUGUAGUUCCUUUAGCUUUACAUUGACACUUAGAGUUUACAAGGUCUUGAUUCUAAUGUGCUUUCUGCCAAAGGUUUCUUUUAAGAGUGUGAUAGUUCUAACUUUUUACUUGUGAUUCCAAAACUAUCACUGUUGAAAUUCUUAAAAUGUCAGUCAUUUUA